CAUAUCACAGCUGCCUGCCAUAUCCAGUCCCUUAUAUACUAUCGGACAUUUAUUAUUGCACUGAAAACUAGAAAUAAUUUAAUACAUUUUACAGUUGAUGUACAUAUGGUCAAAUAAAUUUUUGUGAUUAUUUAAAUUACUAAAUAAAUUUUUUAAAGCAAGUAUUAAUUCUGUUUAAUAUAAUCUGCAAAUCUAGGAAAAAUGCCGAAGGGAAAAGUAAGAAAAUUUAUUGAGAAAGACAACUCAGUGACGUUCCACUUGGUCCACCGAUCCCAGCAAGAUCCGCUAAUUACUGACGAGAAUGCUCCGCAGCGUGUUUUGGUUCCAGUUGAUUCUGAAAAACACGAUAAGGAUCCGGCGAAAAAAAAUCUUAAACAGAAGAAAAAAGAAGAGCAGGAAAAGUACGGGAUAUUUUUUGAUGACGACUAUGACUACUUGCAACACUUAAAGGAUGGUAAUAAGUUGUCAGUCGAGUGGGAACGAGUGGAUGAGCCGAGCAAUAGCAAUAAAAAAAAAGAUGAUAAGGAACCACCCAAAAUAAAUUUACCCUCGUCGGUAUUCGCUUCUUCUGUGGAGGAGAAAGUUGGGCUUUUGAAUAAAGCUGCGCCUGUUUCGGGACCAAGGCUGGACUUUGAUCCUGAUGUGGUAGCUGCUAUGGACGAUGACUUUGACUAUGAUGAUCCUGAUAAUCAGCUAGAGGAUGAUUUCAUGCAGUUGGCUAACGCUGAAGGUGAAUUCGAUGAGGAAGAUGAGGGUGAGUAUGAUUCGGAUGCUUCUUCGGGACUCUUUGAUAUUUCUGAAGAAGAGAGAGAUGAAGUUGGUAGCUUAGAUGGUCCUCGGUAUCAGUUUGAAGAAGAAGAAACUAAAUCAAGAUUCACUGAGUAUUCCAUGAGCAGUAGUGUCAUGAGAAGAAAUGAUCAGUUGACGCUUGUUGAUGAAAAAUUUGAAAAGAUGUACUCAGCUUAUGAUGAAGAACAAAUUGGAGCACUGGAUGGUGAAGAAAUUGAAGGACAUGUUGAAGAUAAUUCAGAUUAUAUAUUACAAGUAGCUAAGGACUUUCAAAAACAACAGCAAGAAUCUACGGUAAGCAUUUCAGAGUUAAUGAAAGAUCGUUUGAAAAUAAUUGAAGCAUACUCAGACGCUGACGAAGAACUAGAACACGUCGAAGUAGACGAACGUAUAAGAAAUAAAUGGGACUGUGAAAGUAUCCUGUCUAUUCACAGUAACCUUUACAAUCAUCCUAAAUUGCUGGAAGAACCUAAACUUAAGAGGGAGAGGAAAAUAGAAAUAAAUAAACGUACGGGAAUACCCAAAGGUAUAUUGGGUGAGCAGCCUGGAAAACUGACAGCAAAAAAUUUAGCUCUAUUAAGUCUGGGAAACGAGGACGAGAGAAAUCCGUCUGCUGCUGCAAGAUCGAUCGCCGAGACUCAGAAAAGUUAUUACAGUGAGAUCAGUACGAGGGUGAAGAAUGAAACUUCUGAUCAGAGGAAAGAACGUCAUAGGCAAUUGAAGUUGUAUCGAAAGCUACGUAGAGAAGAGCGCAAAGAAAAUAAACUGGCAUUCAAAGAAGAGAAGAAAUGUCAAGAAAAAAUAUUAUUAAAUAAUAAACGUAAUAAUUUCACAGCUCCAAACACGAUACACGUGUAAAAAUAAAUAAUUUUUUAUUUCUUAUAAUUAAUUAGUAAUAUAUAUUAUAUUAAAAGUAAAAUAAUAAUGAUGAAAACUUUUAUACAAGAAGAAUAAAGAAAUAUUGAGAGAAUAAAACUAAAUUGUCAUUAUUUAAUAAACACCAUAAAAUUGAUUGGCUGAAUUGUUACAUGUCAAUUACAUUGUACUUGGAAGUACAUUCGUGUAUUUGGUACGCACUGUACAUACUUAGACGUCACAUACUUGUAUACAACGCAAUAUAUAUAUGUAUGUAUGUGUGUAUGUGAGACCACGUGAGUUAAAAUAAGAAACAGCGCCACCACCGUGAGACGAAGCUCGCCAGAAAUUGUAGCAGUCAUAUGAUCGAUUUGUGAUUAGUUUCACGUAAACUGCUCAAAAUUUUAUUCAAUCAUUAAUAGUGGUGAAAAAUGGCCAGCCAGACGCAAGGUAUCCAGCAGCUUUUAGCUGCUGAGAAGAAAGCAGCUGAUAAAGUUACCGAGGCCCGAAAA